AAUAAAUACACGAAAAUAUCAAAGCAUGAAACAGAAGCUCCCAUGAAUUGAAUGAUCGAGGAGACAGAAAGGCUCAUGCUUCUCAUCUAAUCAAGCCAUACUUUGUCUCAUAAUAUCAAUCCCCAGGUGUAUGCUUCGGACAAUUUCGAAUUUCGAAGUGCAGGGUUUGCAUUGCAUUGUAGCGUAUCUCCAGGGAUGACGCCUGUUUGCCCUUUUGCCAAAUCUGCCCGUCCUGAAGAUUCUUGCCCUCGGAAGCAACGUGAAACAGCGAACAAAGCCGGUUCGGAAAACGAGUGCAAGGCGAAGAAGGACUCUACGGAAUCUGCCACGGUUUCUCCCAAGUGCCCAUUUGGUUAUGACUCUCAAACAUUCAAGAUCGGACCUUUCAGUUGUAUGAUUUGCCAAGCACUUCUUUACGAGAGCAGCAGAUGUGUGCCUUGCACUCAUGUGUUCUGCAAAGCAUGCGUUUCCCGGUUUAAGGACUGCCCACUUUGUGGGGCUGAUAUCGAAAAGAUAGAAGCUGAUGAAGACCUUCAGAAGAUGGUUGAGCAGUUUAUUGAAGGUCAUGCUAGAAUCAAGAGAUCUAUUGUUGAUACCGAGAAAGAAGAGGUGGAAAAUGACAGUGAAAAGGUGAUGUACGAGGAUGUCUCCCUGGAAAGAGGUUCUUUCUUGGUGCAACAAGCAAUGAGGGCAUUUCGAGCCCAGAAUUUUGGAAGUGCAAAGUCAAGGUUAACAAUAUGUGCUGAAGACAUCCGAGAUCAAUUGGAGAAGAUGGACAACACUCCAGAGUUGUGUUCACAGCUUGGAGCAGUUCUUGGUAUGCUUGGGGACUGCAGCCGUGCGAUGGGGGAUUCAAGCUCAGCAGUCAGUCAUUUUGAAGAGAGUGUUGAAUUCCUUAUGAAACUGCCAAUGGAUGAUAUGGAGAUUACGCAUACACUUUCUGUCUCACUCAACAAAAUAGGAGAUCUUAAGUAUUAUGACGGAGACCUACAAGCAGCAAGAUCUUAUUACUUCCGUUCCUUAAAUGUCAGACGUGAUGCUGUGAAUCUCCAUCCUGAUGCUUCUUCACAAGUUGUGGAUGUAGCAGUUUCUCUAGCCAAAGUGGCUGAUUUAGACAGGACCCUCCAAGAUGAAGAUGGAGCCAUCCAUGGUUUCAAGGAAGGCAUACAACUCCUGAAAUCUUUGAAUCUGGAGCCUGAAGAUUCCGCCCUCCAGCAACGUCGGCUCUCGGUCCUAGAGUUUCUCGAGAGUCAAGUUGCAGAGAGGAAGCCCGAGUCAGCGGAAGUAUAGACUAAUAAAUACAUGUAUAUACUUUGUGUGUUUCUUCUGGAGCUUUUGCUCAAUAAAGGGACCAGAAACAUAUGUUGUUUCAUUCUCUCCGACCAAAAACAAACCCUGAAGACAGUUCUUGAAGACAGUUCUGCUGGUAAUUGGAUGGUUCUGCUUCAGAUCAUGAGCAUGAGGGACAAAACAAAACUGUAUUUUUCUAGUAUAUUUUCAGCUGUUUGAAUGAAAUAUCAACGAGUGAGUGUCCUCUUUGAUGAUUUGGGUAUGUAACCUUUGAUGUCAGGUGACAACAAUGGACAACUGCUUUACUAAUUGUUUUAUGGUGAAAGAAACUUAAGAAAGA